AUGGCUACCAAUACCUCGGUCGUCUUCGACCUUCCGCCUCUUCCGGCCUAUACCCUGACUCCGCGUCCUCCACUUCUCGACCCCAUUCCGGAUAACGUUCUCGCCCUCAUGCUUCCCAUCAUCGCCUAUUGGGCUCUGUCGAUGGUCUAUCACUACAUCGAUGUCAACGACUACUUCCCGCAAUACCGUCUUCACACACCCGCAGAAGUCUUGAAGCGGAAUCAUGUCACACGCUGGGAGGUCGUGAGGGACGUCAUUCUUCAGCAAAUCAUCCAAACCAUGGCCGGUCUGGCAGUCGCGUAUUUCGAUGACCCGGAGUACUUGGGUAAGGAUGAAUACAAUGUUGCGGUUUGGGCUCGUCGACUCCGCCUGGCGCAGAAGGCUCUCCCCCAGCUGCUGGCGCUGGUCGGGAUCGACGCAUUGGGUCUCAGCAAGAAUCUGUCGCAGAAUGGCUGGUCAAUGCUGGGAGGAGCGGUAGCUGGCGGGCACUACCCGGGAUGCACUCAGUCGAUAAUUUUGGACAAUGGGGUGGAAGCCGAGGUUCCGGCAUUCACCAACUGGGAGCUGUCAGCGGCCAGUGCUCUCUACUGGUACCUCAUCCCUGCCCUGCAAUUCGUGUGGGCCGUCGGUGUCGUCGACACCUGGCAGUAUUUCCUGCACCGCGCAAUGCACAUGAACCGUUGGCUCUAUGUGACCUUCCAUUCCCGCCACCAUCGUUUGUAUGUCCCGUAUGCGUUCGGAGCUCUGUACAACCACCCCGUCGAAGGUUUUCUGCUUGAUACGGCCGGCACUGGAGUUGCAUUCCUCACGGCUGGCAUGAGCAACCGUCAGGGCAUGUGGUUUUUCACUUUCUCCACCAUCAAAACUGUGGAUGAUCACUGCGGCUACGCUUUUCCUUGGGACCCAUUGCAGCAGUUUACCUCCAACAAUGCGGCCUACCAUGAUAUCCACCACCAAAGCUGGGGCAUCAAAACCAACUUUUCGCAGCCCUUCUUCACCAUCUGGGAUCGUCUAUUCAAAACUCGAUGGGAAGGCGACGUUAAGCUCCGCUAUGAGCGGUCUCGCGAAGCCGCCCAGAAGAAGGUGGACAACGAAGCUGCCGGCAUCGCCAACGAAAGUAGCGAUCCGACCUCUUCCGGGACCUCAACUCCCACGCUCGGCCGGGCAUCAGACGAAUCGACCUCGCGCUCCCGACGCAGAAAAACCAUGACUCUCUCCCCCCACGUCGAUGGGUUCAAAGGAGUGAGUCACGGGGUCGCUAGCAGCGUCCUCUAA